UUCAUUGAAACUUUAAUAACGUUAACUCGUUAUAAAUCAUCAUAGGCAAAAACAAAUAGCAUCUUGGAUGCGUUCACAUCAUCCUGGAUGCGUUCGAGUCCACUGGGAUUGUAAAGAGAGGCGGUGUUUAGUAUUCAGAAAAUGCGGCGGUGGAGACAACCCGUUUAAUUGCACUGGUCUUCUCUACCGGCAUCGUUGUAUACGACGGUGAUUAUAAUUAAACCUGGAAGAGGAGAGGGACCGCAGAUGAUGGCAUGACUGCUCCUGCUAUCGUCUAACGGCGGGCUUCCUCAGAAUCCCAGCGGGGGCGUGGCCGCAGGUCAGGUGGUCGGUGUCGUGACCUUUGGACCUCUUGCGGGGUGGCGGAGAUGAGACCAUGCUAACCUCGGAGGCUAACCGGGAGUUCCAGGCCAAAGAGAGGAAAUACAAAGCCCAGCUGAAGAGAUGUCUGUCUGCUGCUCUGGCCCAAGACCUCCUCAGGCUGCUGCAGGAGGAGCUGGAGUCUGAUGUGUGCGUGUGCAGCGGCCCGAGUUCCCUGAAGGCUCACCGAGCGCUGCUAUUGGCCAGAGCUCCUCACCUCCUCUCAGCCCCUCCCCCCCUCCUCCCGGGGCCCGAGGGGGACGGGGAGAACGUCCAUGUGUCCGGCCUGGACCCCGCGGAGCUCACACAGCUGCUCAGGACGGUGUACACCUCAGAGCAGAGCCUGGUGGGCCCCCCUGGACCCGGACCCCCCGGGACCAGCUCCCCUGGUGGGGGGCCGGACCCCGACGGACCCCCGGAACCAGGUGUGUGUGGUCUGGAGCCGGCCUGCGGUCUGGGCUCUGACCUGCUGUCUCUGUACCGGAGGGCGGAGCAAUGUGACAUCACCAUCAGAGUGGGCGGGCACGUCUUCCCCUGUCACAGGGCGAUCCUGUGCGCGCGCUCCCAGUACUUCCGGGCCAUGCUGAGCGGCAGCUGGAUGGAGAGCUGCACCCAGGACAUCACUCUGCAGGGGCUGGGCCCGGAGGAGAUGGAGGUCCUGCUGCAGUUCAUGUACGGCGCCAUCGCCGACCUCCCGCCCGGAGCCAGCGCCAGUCAGGUGAUGCUGGCGGCGGACAUGUUGGGCCUGGAGGGGCUGAAGGAGGUGGUGGAGAUGGUGCUGACCCGGGACUACUGCCGCUUCUUCCCCAAGGUGGUGGACGGGGUGCAGAAGAGCAUCGUGGAGUGUCUGUCCCUCACCAGCGCUCUGGGUCUCCUCAAGCUGCACGCCACCUGCAGGAGGUGGGUGGCGGAGCACUUCAUGAAGAGCUGGGCAGAGCGGAACUUCUCCCUGCUGUCGGUGGAGCUCCAGCGGGCGUGCCUCGGCGACGUAGCCGCCGCCAUGACGGUGGACAGCUCGGUGAGCGUGCUUUGUGCCACGGAGCAGCUGAUUGGCUGCCUGCCCGAGGUGAAGUGGGCCAAGCAGGUGCUGAGUCUGGCCAAUGAGCUGCAGGAGGAGAGCCUGUCCGUCAUCGUCCAGAACCUCCCCUGCGUGGUCCGAAGCCCCGCCUUCCUCAGCCUGCUCCGGCAGGAGGAGGUGACCAGGGAGCCGGCCCUGCUGAAGAAGCUGUGUGCGGCGGUCAGAGAAGGAGUCAACGUGGAGAACUGCUGCUCCCUGUUCUCCGCCGUGGACGCUCUGCAGGAGGAGGAGCUGGGGCCCCCCACAGAGGAGGAGCAGGGCCCCCCCACCGAGGAGGAGCAGGGCCCCCCCACCGAGGAGGAGCUGGGGCCCCCCACAGUGGAGCUGGAGCCGCUGCGUGCGGAGCUCUCCUCUCUGCGCGCUCGUCUCUGGCUCUUCCUCCGUCAGUCCUUCUUCGCCGUGCGCCACACGCAGGGAUGGGAGGUCCUGCUGCCGCGCCACAGGGACCUGCUGCUGGAAGCUGCUCUUGAUAAAGGAGACAACCGACGCCUCGGGAAGAAACCGGUUUUCACCAGCUCACAGCCCAGGGUGCAGAGAUGCCCCCCCUCCGCGUCGUCUGAGGCCCCCGUUGUGACGCGGACCCCCGCCCGCCGCCCGCCACCCGCCGCCAUGAAGUCGGACGGCCUCGCCACGGACGGCAAGUCGGGACACGGCCCCGCCCCCCGCGGAGCCAAGACCGCCAAGCCCCGCCCCUCCGCGCCCCGGACCAAGGCCGGUGCCGCCGCGGGCUCGCCGCUGCUCAACGGGACCGCCCCCGCCGGCAGCCCCGCCUCCAGACGGGACGCCGCCAACGCUAACGGAGCUAACGCCAAUGCGGCUACCGCUAACGGGACCCGCGGCCCCGCGGCGGCUGGCCCCAAGGACCCGGAGAAAAGAGCGGCCCCCGGGGCGCGGCCCACCUGGUCCACGGCCGGACACGCCAAGGCGGGGCCCCGGGGCGGCGGCGCGGCUAAUGGCGGCACGGCUAGCGGCCACGCCCGGCAGGGGACCUCCACGUCGGGCAGCGCCUCGCCGGACGCCGCCGCCAGCCCACCCAACAGCCUCCCUGGCCCAGGUUCCAAACCCAAACAACAGACCAAGCUGGUGAGCAAACCCUCUGGGGCCAAAGCCGUCCAGAAACCGGACCCGGCCAAGACCAGCAGUCCGACCAACAAGCCCUCUCCCAGAGAGACCAGUAAGACCAAGGCCAGCCCGGCCCAGAAGACCACUGGAGCCGCAAGACCAGAACCCAGAACCAGGGGCGGGGCCGGAACCCCGGAGCCCAGCGGUUCGAGACCCGGAGCCGUGAAGAAAACCGCCUCCUCUAAGAGGGAGGAGCCUAAGGAGGCGGGGCGCCCUGCCGCAGCAGCUGAACCAAUCAAGAAGAAGACCAAACCCCUUGAGAGGACCGGCUCUAAGCCCUCCAAGACCCCCGGCCUGGCCCCCAAGCCGCCAUCAGGCUCCCCCAGACCGGGACCCCGACCGGGACCCCGCCCCCAGACUGCCCCUCACACCCCCCCCAGGGCUGGAGGCGGGGCCAAGGCCACCGGCUCCUCCCCCAGGAAGCCAGGAGCCAAAGAGGAGGCCGGGUCACCAGCCAAUCAGAACGCAGCACAUGGCGGCAGUAGCGCCGGGGGCGGGCUCUGCCUCCCGCUGAGCUCCGGCCCGCGCCGCUCCCCCCACAAGACCCGGGGCUCCAGGGGGGACCCCGGGGGGGCGGGGCCCCAGGCCGGACCCCCACCGGCAGAGGGUCCGGACCCGGGGGGCCGAGAGAGUCAAGACCCCCCCCAGAGCUCCGCCCCGCCCCCCGGGCCGGCGGACACGCCCUGCGGCGGCGGGGACACGCCCCUGGAGGAGGCGUGGGGGGGCGGCGGGGGCGGGGGGCAGCUCCAGGCGACGCCCGAGUCGGAGACGGGCAGCAACAGCACCUCGUCGGACGACAUCAAGCCGCGCUCGGAGGACUACGACGCGGGGGGGUCCCAGGACGACGACUGCUCCCACGGGAGGGGCGGGGCCGGGGGCGGCGCCGGGGGCGGGGCCUCCAAGUGCGGCACCAUGCGCUGCUCGGACUUCCUGGGGCGCAGCAGCAGCGACACCAGCACCCCCGAGGAGCUGAAGGUGUACGACGCCGGCACGGGCCUGCGGGUGGAGGUGCGGCUCCGCGGCCGCGAGGGGGCAGAGACCACCAGCGAGGAGGAGCCCGGGGGGAGGCGGCCGCGCUCCUGGCUGCACCGCGACGAGCUGCUGGCCCGGGGGGAGGGGGGGGAGGAGGAGGGGGAGGAGCCCGCCGCCUCCCUCACGCUGAAGAGCCAGACCCCGCCCUCCUCCGACGAAGAGGAGGAGGAGGAGACGGAGGAGGACGAGGAGCGCUCGGAGGUGGAGGUGAUCCCGGGGGGCGUGGCUCCGCCCAGCGCCCCGGCCGCCCCCCCCGCCCACUUCCAGGGGAUUGUCAACCUGGCGUUCGACGACGACGGCGGCGAGCAGGAGAACGCGGCGCCGCCCCCCGCCCCCCCCCCCUCCUCCGGGUUCCGGCGCUCCGUGCUCCUCUCCGUGGAUGAGUGGGAGGAGCUUGGCUCGGAGGAGCCCGACUCCGCCUCCUCCUCCGCGCCGCCGCCGCAGGAGAACGGGGGCGCCGACGUCUUCGAGGGCGACGCCCCCUCGCCCCAGCAGGAGGCCGACGCCCCCCCCCAGGAGCGGCCCUGCCACCUGGACCUGCGGCCGGGCGACGCCCACCGGUCCGGGCCGGGCGACGCCCACCGGUCCGGGCCGGGCGACGCCCACCGGUCCGGGCCGGGCGACGCCCACCGGUCCGGGCCGGGCGACGCCCACCGGGCCGGGCCGGGCGACGCCCACCGGUCCGGGCUGCGUCUGGACUUGAGUGACGCGGUGCCGGCCCGCCAGAACUCUGCCGCUCAGGAAGCAGCAGCCCCCGCAGGAGACACAAGUUGUGGCUCAGAGGAGGACAGUGGAGCGGCCCGGGACAGACCCCCGUCCCACGCCCUGUCCCCCAUAUACGAGCUCCAGGGUCUGGGUCUGGACCCGGGGCGCACGGACGCAACGCGGGGGGGUGAAGAGGAGCAGGAGGAGGAGGAGCAGCAGCAGGAGCAGGAGGAGGAGGAGGAGGAGGAGCAGCAGGAGGAGCAGGAGGAGGAGUUUGCCGAGCGGGACUGGUCCCUCCUCCACCAGCUCCUGUCGGAGCAGGAGUCCAGUCUGGGCGUGAUGAGCCCGGUCCCCGAGGAGCUGAACCUGGCCCAGUACCUCAUCAAGCAGACGCUGUCCCUGGCGCGUGACGGCCCCGCGGCCUGCCACGCCCCGCCCCCGGAGAAGGAGGGCUUCCAGCGCUGGGCGGAGCUCAUCUCCCCCCCCGCCGACGACUCCCCCAGCAGCAUCACGGUCACCAGCUACUCCCCCGAGGACGCAGCCUCCCCGCAGGGGGAGUGGACCAUCCUGGAGCUGGAGACCCACCACUGACCUCCAGGGACCCACCACUGACCUCCAGAGACCCGACACUGACCUCCAGAGACCCACCACUGACCUCCAGAGACCCACCACUGACCUCCAGAGACCCACCACUGACCUUCACUAACCUCCCCCGACCUUCAGAGACACACCACUGACCUUCAAAGACGUUGACCUUUGGAGACCCACCACUGACCUUCAGGGAGCAGCACUGACCUCCAGAGACAGUGACCUCCAGAGACACUGACCUCCAAAAGCCAGUUCCACCACUGACCUUCAGGGAUCACCAAUGACCUUCAGCACCGUUCCGCCCCCUGGCUCCAACCCCUGACCGACGCCCCCUGGUGUUCACCCGGGACCCUGCGGCAGUGUGUCUCAGCCCCCCAGGACCCCGGGGACUGGCCCCCCCAGGACGCGGGGGUCUGCACCCCGGGGACAGGCCCCCCCCAGGACCCCGGGGGUCUGGACCGGGGCGAGGAGGCCCUGCAUGUGGACCUUAUGUACAUUUGUCUUGUGGUCAAAGCUCUUUAACGAUUGGCUGAGGGGCGUGUUCUUUCAUAUACUGGAGAUAAGAUGCAUUUGUACAUGAAUAAUAUCAAUAUUAAACUUUCGUAUUUAUGACUCGGCAACAACGGCUCCGCAAGAUAUUCCCAGGCUACAGAGAGGCGUGUUAGUGGUGUAGGGGCGCCUCUACCCAUGCUGUAAGGCAGUGGUUCUCAAAUUGGGGUACGCGUACCCAUAUGGGUACUUUGGAGUAAUGCAAGGGGUCCUCGGAAGAUUAAAAAAUAAAUAAAAAGCCAGUUCAUUUUUUGUGGUUGAAAUGUAAAUCUUAUAACACGAGAAAGGAGAAUCCCUGAAAAAGAAGGCCUUCCAGAAACACCAAAAUGUCGUCAGUUUAAGGUGAAUAUAUUUCAAUAGGGGUCACCUCUACAUGCUCUGACCCUCCCCUGGCAUUGUGUUUCUUUUGUGGGGAGAAAUAAGCCAACAGUUACAUGAAGCACAGGCCCAUGUAUCUUACUAAAUUGUGAGUAUUUGCACCCUUUUAAUAUUCAUGUUUACACUGCCAAAUAGAAAGCACAUACAUUAUUGAUGUACAUUUUAUUAUUUUUUCAACCCAAAAGAUUUUGAGCCAGUGAAGAGGGGUAAAUAUAAAAUAUAUAAAUAUAUAUCUUAGUACACUAGUAGAAAAGGUUAGAGAACCACUGCUAUAAGGCAUGGUGAGAUCUUCUGGCUGUGAGUGGGAGAAGCCCAAUGCGUCACCAGUCUGAACCGUCUGAACCUAGAGGAGCCCUAUUGCACCACCUGGUGUGACGUCGGUUAGCAACAACCAACCUUCACUGUCCGGUAGGCUGAUCGUCUACCCAUCAUGCAUCUGGCUGGACACUCCCCCCUGUGAUGUCAAUCGUGGGCACGUCUAUAAAAGGCUUGUAGGCGUGGCUACGAUAUACCGCAGCGUGUGAGAUGAAGACUUAUGAACACAUUGAAAGGUUCAUGUGAAAUAAAUUGGAAGAACUUGA